UACGAGCCAAAAGGUUUUAUCGCCGAGAUCGCAAGCGAGCGCCGUCGAGAGCCGAGGGUUUCCGUGCCGAUGUUUCUGGAGGAGGUGCCCUACAGCCGCAACACACUCCCUCCGCUCGUGCCUGUCGAAGUAAGGACCUCCACCAGCCACUACCCUAUGAAUGGGCUGGAGGUGGCUGCCCUCAUCCACACAGCCUGCCAUGUCUCCUUCAUGUCAACGUCGCUCGUAGGAGAACUUUCUAUGAGACAGGACAUCAUCCCAGAUACCUCGGUCCCGCCCUCGCCACUCUCCUCGGGAACGGGAGUGCCCUGGUUGGUAGAAGGCAAGUUGCGCUACGUAGAACUGUCUCUCAAGGGGUCGAAACACGUCACGCAGCUACAUGUUGCUCGCGACCUUCCCUCGGACCUGGUGCUCGGAGUCGACUUCCUCAAGAAGGCUCAGGUCCGCGUCAACUUCCCGGAGAACUGUAUCUUCCUGCCCAACGGCGGGCAGGAGACCAAGGUGUCCUUUCUCAGCAGCAAGGAAAUGAACCACCACCAGCGCCGCUCGAAUGCUAAUGCCACUACCACGCCCGCGAAGACAAGGGCUUAUUCCUCCAACUACUGACAAGACAACGAGCUCCCUGUGCUUCACCAGUGCAGGGGCGAUCUUCUGCCUUCGUUAUCAGGAAAAGGGAAAUCUUAGGUCGACGACUUUUUCUGGCGAUGCGUUAUUUUCGGUCAGGUUGAUAGAUGGGAAUUCGAACUCAUGCCACCGAUGUGUGCCUUGUCAUAUGUACUACUCUUCUCAACGCUUUCGCAUAAACACUAUGGAUAAAUUUCUUUAUUGCAGUCGAGAUGUAAAUGGUUAUU